ACAACCGAAAUUAGAAGUGUUUAGUUGCAAUCUGUCGCUUGUUGCACUAUGCAUUUCAGCUCUUUCUCUUUAACGCCCCGAUCUGAUUUGAGCAACGUCGUUGAGGAAGCACGUGCUCCUACUUAGAGGGCGACACUAUCCAUGGGAGAGGGCAAAGCGUCUUUUAGGAAGGGAAGGACAAGUGUCAGGCACCCCGGGAAGCCAGAUCAUGCUGCAGCAGUCGGACAUGCCCCCGAGUCUAUGCACGAGAAGACAAGUGGUUCGAGUGAAUCACAAAAAGUGGACAUAGGCGCCCGGUCGUCACAUCUUGGGUCUAUUCAACGUAGUCUUAAAGUGUCCGUACAGAAUCGGUUAAUUCCUCCUUAACUACGUGUCUGCAGGAUGGGAGUGACACCCAGGCGAUUGUCGGCGGCUCGAUUGCCACCACAACCACCGACCGUACGGGUAUUAAUAAGUUCCUGUUAGUAGGUACAAUACACAAAAGCAGAAAGUGCCGACAUAAAAGUGGUGUUGAGUUCGUAUUGAUGCUUCAGUCUAUCUAUCCAGCGUGUAAAUGGAUCAUACGAUUGUGUAUUAAUACAAUACCCCAACUUAAAGCACAAUUAAUUAUAUGUGUGAACCCCUAUCAUCUGUCAUGGUUUGGUGUGACAGGUUGUCGUGUGUGUACGUGUGCAUCUUUCAAUCCGAAUUGAUAAGUGCAGUAUAACUGAAGUGUGCUAUUCAUGACCUUGUUAUACUAUAAUCAGACAGGAGAGAAACAUACUAUGCUACGUGUAAUGAUACUACUACUACUGCUGCUGCUGCUAAAGGAGUGUAUUUAAAUGGAAAUAUAGAUAGAAAAAAAGUGCCAAAGACGAAUUCGCAAAAUUAGUCAAUUUUUUCAGUUGACCUUGUAGUCGUCGUGACAAGUGAAACGGCCAUAAUGCAAGAAGUAAAGGCGAUCUCGACGGAUAAAGUGCGCGAACGUCUCUUUGAGAUAUCUGGACGGUAAUCUUUUUUCUCUAACUCACGGUGGCUCUACCCGGUUAGACCAACGUCAUUGUAAGGACCCCAGAGGAUAACAUCCGAAGGCUAAACAAGUUCGAAUAAAAAUGCUUGAUCAGUUAAAAGUCUUGUUCGUGUUAACAGGUGCUAGUACCUAUCUCGUAUCUAAGAACGGCAUGCGACCGCUGACCGAUGCAAAUGAUACCGAGCCGCCCGCUCACACAAACGGACUUGGCGGAAUGAACGGCGUCGGCGGCGGCGCUUACUUCGCCAACGGAACAGCUCUUCACUACGACUUCGAUGACACCAGCAACCCGUUCGACGAUGCGUUCCGACACGACUCCGAUCCGAAUUAUUCUCGUCAAAACCACUCAUCGUUCCAGUCUAGCGAAUCAUCCGGGAGUGCCGGAGGAGGUAGUGAGGGUGGAAGUAUCGGUGACUUCACAUCAGACUUUAUCCGGAGCAAAGAUCUCGAAGACCAGCAUUAUACAAGAGCGCCUGACAGACCUCCAACCUAUCAUGUCGAACUUGUUGAGGAAAAUGAUCGGGACGUGCCCCAAAAAAUUCUACAGGUUACUGCUCCUGAUGGAGUGGCUGGCCCAGUCGUUUACUCGAUGGAGGGACCUGACGUGAGUACCUUUGAUCGCGCAGAGGAUAAGCAGAAAUUUUCGAUCAAUACUACAACGGGUGAAGUGUUUGUCCUCAGAAGCUUGGACCGCGACUUUCCUGAAGGCCAGGCUGAGUAUUCAUUUACCGUAUACGCUGAGGACGCACGUUCACAUGAAAGGCUUGGCAGCGCCAACGUAUACGUUAUUCUGAAAGAUUUGAAUGACAACGCGCCCUUCUUUCCUCAAAGUGUUUACUAUGGGAAUGUGAGCGAGAACGCCCCCCGAGGCACACCGAUUGUUCUUAAUAUGCGUGCGCUCGAAUACGAUGACCCGCAUGAAGGCACUAAUGCCCGGAUCACAUACUCCAUAGAACAGAAUCAGGUGAAUGAAAAUGGGGAGCUCAUUUUCCGUAUAGAUGAGCACACGGGCACGAUUUCCACGGCCGUAUGCUGUCUGGAUCGGGAGAGGAAUUCUGGUUACUCAAUAAAGGUGGUAGCUUCUGAUGGCGACCCAUCACACAAAGCGACCGCCACAGCUACCAUUCAGAUCAAGGACGAAAAUGAUAUGUCACCGCAUUUUGUCAAAAAAGAAUGGGUGUUGGAAAUUGAUGAGACAAAUGGCAACGAUCUCCCUUUAGAGUCCAUUCUAGAUGUACGUGUCAUCGAUGGAGAUUUACCAGAAACUAACAGUUUCCGGUACAAGGUGGUCGAAAAUGCAUUCGGAGCAGACAAGUUUACCAUGAUUACAAAUCCUGAUGGCAGUGGAUCUCUUAAAAUUAUAAAGGAAUUGGACUACGAGGUGGCGUCGCAACGUAACGGAUUCAAUUUAACAAUAAUGGUAUCAGAUAAUAACGAUGUAACUGGUAGUGAUCCCCGACAUUUGGACUACGCCAAGGUCCGCAUCAGGCUUAAAGACAUAAACGAUAAUGCACCUAAGUUUCACAAUCCUCAUAUUCAAAUCACAGUACCUGAGAACACGCCAACAGGGACCACUCUGGCAACCUUCAGGGCUACUGAUAUAGACGCGUCUGGAGGAAGCCGAGUUAUGUAUUCCAUUGAAAAGGACUCAGAUCGACGAAGGCAUUUCAGGGUUGGAUCGUCAUCCGGAGUAGUUACCCUGCAGAGGCCCCUUGACAGGGAGAGAUCUCCAAGACAUCAUGUUCGCGUCAUGGCUACGGACGACGGCAUUCCGGCUCGAACUUCGACAGCGACGUUGACUGUAAUUUUAUCAGAUGUAAAUGACUGCGCCCCCCGCCUUGCCGAAGACUAUCGUCCAGUGGUACCUGAACACCAGAGUGCAACGAAAGUGGCCGAUAUCCGCGCCGUUGAUGACGACGAACGGCCGAACGGACCUCCCUUCGCAUUCUCGAUCGACCCAAAUGCUCCGGAAGAGGUUCGUCGUGCUUUUCGUCUCGAUAACAACCCAAAUGGAAAUGGCAGUGCGGUUGUGUAUUCAAGGCACGCGUUCGAUCGAGAGCAACAGAAAAGCUACGCAAUCCCAAUCCUUAUUAAGGACUCAGGAACCCCGCCGCUAACCGGUGCAAGUACAUUAACAGUGAUUAUCGGCGAUAAGAAUGACAACCGGAUGUAUCCAGGUUCAAAACGGAUUCUUGCGUAUACGUUACGAGGUUCUAAAGGAAUGAUCACAAUGGGCAGGGUGCAUGUCGAGGAUGCAGACGAUUGGGACUCCGUCGACAAAUCUUAUUUCUGGGAGAAUAACGUUGCUCAUCCGAACUUCAAUCUCGACCAGAGUAGCGGCGAGAUUGUCAUGCGAAAUGCUACGCCGGGCUCGUACUUUCUGAAGUUCCUCGUCUACGACCGCCAACAUUCAAUAGAGGUCGGCGCGAACGUUACCGUCAUCGUGCGCGAAAUCACGAGGGAAGACGUUCGACAAGGCGGUUCGAUCGCGCUCCGAGGCACUACUGCUGAUGAGCUCGUACGCAUCUGGAAUUGGGAGACACAGCAGACGCAAAUGGCGAGAAUCGACGCUCUUCGUGAGACGCUAGCCAACAUUGUAAAGGCCGAUGUAAAUCAUGUUCAUAUUUAUUCAGUGGUUCAGCGGCCGGCUUUGGCAAUAAGUGGGAACGUCGGGGGGCCUAGAUUAUCUGUGCACGCCCAGUCGCCAGAAGUGGAAACGGAAGUGCGUUUUUUCGUUCGGUCAUUGACGGAUGAGCAUGUUCGGCCUGAAUUGCUCAACGGUCUUGUCGAAAUGAAUCGGCAGCUAUUGGAGCGAAAGCUACAGCUCAACAUCAGCCAGGUCGGUAUAAACGAAUGCCUUCGAGAGAACAGCGGCUAUAACGCGGUUGGUGGUUCCUUUACAGAACCAGAGGAUGUCUGCGAGCAGGGCAGCUGUAGUAACCAUUUGUUAAUAUCAGAUGAUCAUAUUGUCAUAAACGCGAAUCGGACAUCAUUCGUAGGCGUCAACGUAACGAACGUCGCCACGUGUGAGUGCACGUCACGACUGCCAAAGAAUGAGACGCACACCUGUAAUCGAAACAGCUGUAGCGGACGAGGGCGGUGUUUACAGGGUGAGGGUAUGGUGGCAUGCGAAUGUCCCCCUGGCUACAAUGGCCCAAACUGUGAGCAAACCACACGUUCUUUCAAAGGUGAUGGUUUUGCAUGGUUCCGGCCAGUAGAAACGUGCGAACAAUUGCACAUCUCCAUAGAGUUCAAAACGUCAUCAGAAGAUGGGCUCCUUCUCUAUACAGGGCCGCUUACGAUAGUGUCGUCUAGUAAUGCUUUGAAAGAUAUGUUAUCUCUAGAACUGUGGAAGGGGCGACCUCGUCUGCUUAUAGACCUGGGUGGAGGUACAUAUGAACUUACGGUAAAGACCGAAGAGGGACUCGCUGAUGAUACCUGGCAUCGGCUGGAUAUAUUUGUUAACGGCCAGACUGCGCAACUGAUGGUGGACAUGUGCGCAGCUCGAGAGAGACCAAUCGGUGCAGGAUAUCGUCACCGUGGCGGGACGUCACUUCGUAAGUGUCUUAAUCAGACAUUAACACAGACUACUCCGGAAACCUGGUCGCUCAUGAGCGGCGUUGGCUCGUCCCAUGGGCGAGAUUCUACAAGUUCUCCGUUGCCCGCGUCACUGCGAGCUGUAGCUGCUGCUGUGUCAUAUUCGUCGCCGAUGGCCUCAUUGCUUAAUGUCAAGCAGCCUAUUCAGAUCGGUGGAGCGCUGAUUUCACGAGGAGAUGGCACUUAUAACGCCAACAGCAAAGCCUUUCUAACUGAAUUCUACGCUAGUCAUGGAUGGCGACAUAGGCCCAACCUGAGCAGUGGCUUCACGGGGUGCGUUCGUCAAGUUGUUGUCAAUUCACAGCUGAUCGACCUCGACAACCCUGUGCACUCACUCAACAGCCGGACUGGUUGUCCAUCAGAAGACCUCUUGUGCGUGCAGACACGCUGCAUUCAUGGUCAUUGUGAGGUAGGCGAAAGCAGAGAUUCUAGGCCGUCGUCGUCGUUCACAGUUAGAAGCAGUCAUCAAAUUGAUACCAGUAACGAUGGCAAUGGCGGCGGAAUCUGUAUAUGCCAGCCGGGAUGGGAAGGUUCCCACUGCGAUCGUGAAUCCCAAUCGCGUAUGCUGCAGCAGGCAUCGUUCAUCAAAUUUGCACUCAACUUUGAUCCCGAUCCAUUUCGCACAGACAUCCAGAUGCAGUUCCGCAGUCGGCAACGCGAGGGGGAACUCAUCAGUUUUGCUUCAGCAAAGGGACGAGAGUAUGCUAUUCUCGAGAUCUCCCAGCGGAGACUACGGUUUCGCUUCAAUCUCGACCGGCCGACAAAGGACGCUGUUGCUGAUAGCAAUAGCAGCAGUAACAACAGCGCCAGCGCAAGUGCCGGCCUAGGAGGACAAGGCGGUGCGGUGGACACGGAGAGAAGCGUACAACUCGAGCAUACUCUUAUUGACGAUGGGCAGUGGCACACUGUGCGCGUCCGGAGGUACGGCUGUUUCGUAUCGCUUCAGCUUGACGAUGGUCAAGGUCCACGAUACGCCGUAUUCAGCAACGAACUUGCCUGUUCCGCUCGCCUUCUUAUGGUCGAUCGGCACCGUGUCACUGUCGGCGGAACAAUGCACUACAACCAGGGCGGUGUGAUGAUGGUCGAGCGUGACUUGAUGGCAACAUGCGUGCGCGAUGUCCGCCUGGAAGGUCGAGUCCUUCCGCUAGAAGAUACAACAGUGACCUCGUUGGCGGAUGCGGCAGGUUUCGUGUUAGAAGCGCGUAACGUUAUUCGGGGCUGUCCCUCGUCGAAUCCGUGUCACGGUGUCAUCUGUAGUAACCCGUUUAUGUGCAUUGACCUUUGGAACGACCACGUCUGUAGGUGUCCACCAGGUUUUCGUCAGUCCGGCCCCGCUAACUGCACCGAUCUCGAUGAAUGCUUAAUUUCGUCACCAUGUUUGAACGGUGGAAGUUGUCUUAACCGUCCGAACGGUCGAGGCUUUCUCUGCCAAUGCACGACUCGCUUCCGCGGGGAGGUAUGCAGCGAACCCGUACCCGUUGAGCAGCUCGACCAGUUCAAUAUGGCGGCUAUCUCUGCACUACUCGUCUGUAGUCUCAAUUUAAUCGUUCUGUUACUUAUCAUCGUGGCCUAUCUGCGAGCUCGUCGCCCGAAGACCUCUGAUCAGCAGGCCAAAGCGAAUCAGAAGGACCAGAAUGGAAAAAAAAAUUCGAACGAAGACGGUCAGCUUAACCAGCCUGAUAUACGUGAGACAAUUAUUGCCUACCACGAUGAAGGAGGCGGAGAGGAUGAUAUGCGCUCAUUCGAUAUGACGCAGCUUCGGAUUCCGCUCGAACGGCACCAGCAGCAGUGGCGACAGCAGCGAGGAAGGCAGAAAAGCUUAGAGACGAGUGGAAUCGCUGGCGUUGAUCCUGGUGAGCGACAGAUCGUGGCGGGAUGCCCACCACGACUAGACGUUCUCCAGGGAUCGUCUCAUAUCGACAUCACCAUGCACGAGACUCCCUUGCCAGUAAAUGUCCAAACAGGGCCUACUCAACAGUUCUCUUACGUUGCAGGUGGUCCAAUGAUGCUGGGUCACUCGCUCAUCCUUGAACAACAACCCUUACCAAUUGCUCCCCAGACUGAGGCACAGACAAUGCUCACAGGCGGGGUGACUGGGUUCGGGCCGUUUGAUACGAACCCUUUGCCGAUGAGUUCAACUGGUAGUGUCUUUAGAGAUACUUUGCAACGUCGAAGAAAUCAGUCACCUCAGCGUCACGAGCAGCCGCAGCGUCCACCCCAAGCUCAGCAACAACAAUUACAAGCGCAGCAAGUGCCACCAACGCGACCCUAUCACUCGCACACAUCUCUGAACACUUUCUCUACAGCGACGCUAACGCGGAGCAGUCCUUCGCCAAAUACUGCCUGGACCAACAAGCUGGGCCACUAAUUUACAUUUCCAGCGCGGCUGUACUAGAAAAAAAAAACUACUACAAGAGAACAGCCCUUUUGCCCUGGUAAACAGUAGGCCAUUGAAGGAAGCUGGCUGUGGAUUUGGCAUAGAACGACCGGUUGACUUCGCUUAUGAAAGGAUUCUGUAGGGAAUGAAGGGGGAUCGGGCGGGGAAGGCAAGCGCGGUCGGAAUGUGUGUAAGAAAGACAUGGUAAAGUAAAACUUGUUUAAAACAAAGAAAUACCGACAGAGAAAGAGAUCCAGGGAUGCUUUUCUAAGGAACAAUGUCAAUGCAAAAUAUCGGGGUAAUCAGAGACAAUACAGCUCUACCCUUUGGAGCGCUUAAAAUGACAGGGCAGCAUUAACGAUAACCAUGCAUCUGCUAUCAGCUAGUGCCGACAGGGAAAUCGGGGACGAGUGAAAUCUAUAUCAGAUGUAGAUGUCAUAUAAAUGAGGGCAGAGCGCGCGGGAGUGAAACAUUCUUUUCCGGGCGGAGGUUGCUGGUUCAUUAUGUGUCAAAUUUACGUAAGACAUUGAGAUUUUUUUCUGUGCGAAACUCUGUGUUUAAAGACCUGCCAAUAACCAAUAUGAGCACAGCGGCUGCUGGGGUUAGGCACAAUAUGAUGUAUUAUAAGGAAAAAGACAAUGAGGUCUGUAUUGAAGAGUCUUAGUAAACUAAAUAGCGCAAUGUACAAUUGAUGUGUAUAGACCGAUGUAAACAAAUGUACAGUUCGAAUAGAGCAAAUAGAAAAACACUACGAGAAAGUUUAGGAGAUAUAAAUGUUGUUACCAUUUGGGCUA